ACGAAGCGAUAGAUCUCCGAAGAAAAGGAUCACAGUGUGGGUUGAGGGUAGGCUUUCUACUGCAAACCCCUACAGAUCGCCGGAGAGCUGAGCUGACUACUCGAAGAUAUAAGUGUUGGAGAGAGUAGACAUAAAAGAGAUGAGCGGAGGAGCGAUUGGGGAGAAGGGGUCGAUGACCUCGACGAAAACCCCAGCAGAUUUUCUCAAAUCGAUUCGAGGGAGACCUGUCGUCGUCAAGCUCAAUUCCGGUGUUGAUUACAGAGGUAUCUUAGCUUGUCUUGAUGGAUACAUGAACAUAGCAAUGGAGCAAACCGAAGAAUACGUCAACGGUCAGCUGAAAAACAAGUAUGGAGAUGCUUUCAUUCGAGGAAACAACGUUCUCUACAUCAGUACUUCUAAGAGGACUCUUCCCGAUGGAGUGUAGUCUCGAGGAUGUGUAUUUGUAAGAGUUGCUUUUUUAAAACCUACUAUCUAUUUUAGGAUUCCAGUGAUCAAUCUUCCUGUUUCAACUAUGGUAGGAACUUAUAGCGUUUCUUUGAUAAUGAUCUUACAUUGUCAACAUGAACUAUUGAGGGAUCAUUGGAUCCGGUAGCAACGUUGUUGUCAAAAGAUUGUUAUUUUGAA